CUCACCGCAGCUCGAGCCCGACUGAAAUCACAGACACGGGCCUUCCUCCCCAGCAUCCCUCCAUCCAGCUCCUGUACCCGGGGGAGGGGGAAGUAUCCGAGAAUCUGACUGCAACAACGGAGAAGUUGUUUGACACUGAGCGCCUGUAAUUCAGCGUUGUUUUACCUGGUGAACUGAACUGUGAGCAGCAAACUUGCAGCGAUGGAAAGAAAGCGUCCAGGGAUGACCUCAGGGGCACGAAUGCCCCAUCAAGGAGCUCCCAUGGGGCCUCCUGGACCUCCGUAUGGAGGAACACCACCGAUUCGGCCAGGGAUGCCUAACGCAGCUUUGGACCCCAACCGAAAACGGCCUGCCUCGACCCAGCCUGUGCAACCUCCUCCCGUCCAGAACCGUCCCAGAAAUGCCAAGAGAAGAAAAAUGGCAGACAAGAUUCUCCCUCAAAGGAUCCGUGAAUUGGUGCCAGAGUCGCAGGCGUACAUGGACCUCCUGGCGUUUGAACGCAAGCUUGAUCAAACCAUCAUGAGGAAGAGAGUGGAUAUACAGGAAGCCCUCAAAAGACCAAUGAAGCAAAAGCGCAAGCUACGGUUGUACAUUUCAAACACAUUCAAUCCUGCCAAACCUGAAGCAGAGGACUCAGAGGGCAGCAUUGCAUCCUGGGAGUUGCGUGUAGAGGGCAAAUUGUUGGAUGAUCCUGGGAAAAAAAAGAGGAAGUUUUCUUCAUUCUUCAAGAGCCUGGUUAUUGAGCUGGACAAGGAUCUGUACGGCCCUGACAACCACUUGGUGGAGUGGCACCGCACCCAGACGACCCAGGAGACAGAUGGCUUUCAGGUGAAGAGGCCUGGGGAUGUGAAUGUGCGCUGUACUCUGCUGCUCAUGCUGGAUUAUCAGCCUCCUCAAUUUAAAUUGGACCCACGCCUCGCUCGUCUCCUGGGAAUCCACACUCAGACCCGCUCGUGCAUCAUCCAAGCAUUAUGGCAGUACGUCAAGACCAACAAGCUGCAGGACUCUCAUGAGAAGGAGUACAUCAACUGUGAUAAAUACUUCCAGCAGAUCUUUGACUGUCCUCGACUGAAGUUCUCUGAGAUUCCUCAGCGACUGACCAACCUGCUUCUGCCACCUGAUCCUAUUGUAAUCAAUCAUAUUAUCAGUGUUGAUCCAAAUGACCAGAAGAAGACAGCCUGCUAUGACAUCGAUGUUGAAGUGGAUGAUCCUCUCAAGAGUCAAAUGAGUGGAUUCCUGCUGUCCACAGCCAAUCAACAGGAGAUUGCAUCUCUUGACAACAAGAUCCAUGAAACCAUUGAGUCCAUCAACCAGCUAAAGAUUCAAAGAGACUUCAUGCUCAGCUUCUCAAGGGAUCCUAAGGGCUACAUCCAAGACUGGAUCUGUUCCCAAAACCGCGACCUUAAGGUGAUGACGGAUACAGCAGGGAAUCCAGAGGAAGAGAGGAGAGCAGAGUUUUAUAACCAGUCCUGGUCUCAGGAAGCUGUCAGUCGCUACUUUUAUUGCAAGAUUCAACAACGAAGACAAGAGCUUGAACAAACUUUGGCGAUGAGAACCACUUAAACACUUCACAGUUUCAAGAAUGGAUUGACAAUUCAUUUCUAUCUCAUGUGGUUUGGGCAAUAUUAAUCUAAUGCUGCGGGACUAUUCUACUCGGACGUGAAAGUAUUAGAGCAGCACUCCUUUAUUCUGUGAUGUGGACUGAUUUUAACCAGGAGGUUGUGAGACAAUGAAAAUUGUCAUUAUUCUUUUUUAAAUGUAUGUGUAAUGUACAUUUGAAUGUAUAUAUUGUCACAAUACAAUGAAUUUACGAAUGUGGCUUGAAAAUAAUCUUAUGGAGUUUUGUCUUAAAAUGUGUUCACAAAUACAGCAGGCGAAGUAAUUGUUUGAAGAUCCGAUUUGAUGCACACAAAGUGCAAAUAUGCUACUGAUUCCCACUUGCUGAUUAUGAAACUCUAGGAAAAGUAAAAAAGAAACUUUUUGAUGACUGGGACUUUACCGAAAAUGCUUAAUGUUCAUAUGUAUUUGUGGAUAACAUGUUGUUUUUCUACAUUUUAAAUUUACGUGAUGUUUUGCUUAAAGCUUUCUUUCAUGUGUUUUGCUUGUGAACUUUCACUGUGAAAAGAUCGCCCAGAGUCAAAUCGGUCAGAAUACCUUAAUUUGCAAUAUAAAUGACAUCUAUUGUCAUGAUUUUGAUACACUCUAGACGCUAUAAAUUAUCUUUGAAUAUGUCUUUUUAAGGGUUAAAAUGUGAUCUAAAUAUACUGUGUGCUGAAAAAAAUCUGUCUGUAACAGACAAUAAUGCAUGUUGCACGAUAAAUAUUCUGUUUUUAACUUGUGUUUUUAUAAAGUUUUCAGUUUUUUCAGCAUGAUUCAGAAAAUGUUUUAAACUUUGUUGCCUUAACAAAGAAAUCACUGAGGAUGCAGAGGAAGAAUUAACCAAAGGUGAAACACAGUUUGUUUUUGAAUGCAAAUAAAUUACUUCGUUUAAAUGA